AUGAAACGCGAAGCCAACUGCGCCCAGCACGCAACGCUUGCAACGUGUCCUCGAUGUCAACGGACAUUCCGGGCUCGAAUCGGACUUGUUGGACGUCUUCGGAUCAACUGUGCCUCUAGAACUGCGCCAACCAUCGUCGCCCCACCCGCUUCUUCCUCUUCUUCCUCAUCUCCGCUGCCAACUAACUCUGACAAUUCUCCUAAACGACCAAUUCCAUCCUCCUCCUCCUCCUACUCCUCCUCCUCCUACUCCUCCUCCUCCACCACCACCACUGCCCCAACGGCGGCCGCUCAGGCGGCCGUCUCGCACAUCACCAACCCCGACACAACAACCAACGCCACCCCCACCUUCCCCGACUCCAUCGAUGAGGAUCAGGACGACACCUGCCCUCACUGCGACCGCACCUUCACCUCACACAUCGGCCUGGUCGGUCACUUGCAAAUUCAUCGCACAGAGACUGACGAACCAGUGCCUGAAGCACCAACCUACACCCAGCAAACUCGCCUCAACUGCCCACACUGCCCUCGCACUUUCAGGCAUCGUAUGGGCUUAUUCGGUCACAUGCUCAUCCACAACGACCUGUGGUAG